GUUACCGCGAAGGAAAAUCUAAUCCAUCUAGCCCCAGUGCACUUGGUCUCCCAGAGCCAGGUGAACUACCUUUGACUGUUUCCCUAGGAUUAUGUCACCCACCAAGGUAACUUUCUGUUUCAGUAGGCGAUGUUAAGAAACAGAACAACACCCUUUAAGUUAAUCACUUUUGGAAAAUAGAGAAUGGCUUUAUAUCCCAAGGCUUUGAUGUGUUUAGCGGUUCCUGUGAGGCUCUGCCUCCCUUUUGUUUUGAUUGACGAGACCUUUCCUAUAUAUUUGAGCAAUCAAGCAGCCCAGUAACAGAGGGUAGAGGCAUUUACCCAGAGCAGACUUGUACCGCUCAUCGUGACUUUCCAAAGCCUUGGGUGCAGGUUUCAGCUUUAAAGAAGAGGCAGCUCCAGUAAAAUCAGUAUGAGGCUGGCAUACCUCUUCCUUGGCCCUGCGGCCCUCCUCCUCCUGGCUGGCUGCGGCUGUGUCCUCAGCACCUCCGGCGGGAACCUGCACACGUUUGUGGGCUGUGCGGUGAGAGAGUUUACUUUCCUGGCCAAGAAGCCCGGCUGCAAGGGCCUUCGGAUCACCACGGAUGCCUGCUGGGGCCGCUGUGAAACCUGGGAGAAGCCCAUUCUGGAACCCCCCUACAUUGAAGCCCAUCAUCGAGUCUGUACCUACAAUGAGACAAAACAGGUGACGGUCAAGCUGCCCAACUGUGCCCCGGGAGUCGACCCCUUCUACACCUACCCCGUGGCUGUCCGCUGUGACUGUGGGGCCUGCUCCACUGCCACCACGGAGUGUGAGACCAUCUGAAGCUGGGCGACCCUCAGAACACAGCUGGCGGCCUGCGGCCUCACGGACCCACCUGCACGGGCAGCACAAGCAGCUAUACCCCCUGCACUCAAGGACUGUUUAAUUUCGACCCUACUUGUGGAGGAGGUUACCUGUCUCCCUGACCCACCCUCAGGCGCCAGGCCGAGGCAGCAUACUUAUGCUAAAAAUGCAAAACAACAUUUGUGCCUUCGCUAAGAUAAUUUCUCUGGUCCACACACUGCAAAUUAAUUUUUCUUUACCUUGAAUCUCAGAACAUAAUUCAUAUAUCACAACCCUCCUCCAAUUUGGAUUUUUAAUAAGCCAAUGUUUUAAAUGCAUUGGGCAUAAUUAGGAGACGGGCCUAGAAAGACUUUAAAUUCUCAUGUCUUAGGUAAUGACGGGUCUCCAGCUGGAUUUAUGAUUAAAGCGCCAGAAAUUAAUAAAACCAAUGUUUUAGUCCUUAUGGCCUCCAAGAAAAUCCAGGUGCAAGCUCCCUUAGAGAAAAUACUUUCUUUUCCUUUUAACUGAGCAAUUACCGACACAAGGAAUAGAGACUGCUCAGAUUAAAAAAGGGAGGACGAUAGAGGCUCAAACCGAAAGGUGUCUGGAUUUGGGUGAUUCUUUUCCCAAGCAAAAUUCCCAAGGUCCCUUUAAGAUCCUUAUAAAGAGAACCCUUUGUGAAUUAAAAAACUCAGAAAAAAAUAUGUAAUCAGAGCUAUCAUAUACACUUAAAAAAAAAAACCUCACGAAACUAAACUCAUGUUUUUAGACUCAUGUGAUGCUCUCCCAAAGCCAUGCCCCAAAUGACCAAUCACAAUUAUUCUUUACAACUGGGCAUAUUUUAAAUUUAAAUUGUAAUUUUUUAAACUCAAAAGUUUUACAUGUUUGUAGGGGUAAAAGUGUACUGCUGACUCAGAGGAAAAAGUCUGUGAUUGUCUAGCUCUUGCCCUUGUUAAAUCUUACAGCAGCUGAUUCUCUGUGACUUUAAAAAAAAAAAA